GGAGGGGAGUCCUGCCAGCGAAGCGCGCGUCUACCAGCCGAGAGAACGAAAAGAAGCGUCGAGAGUUGGGCUCACAUUUUCUCCGUUCUCCUCGGCGCAGUGGAGCUGCGGGACUUUCUCUGUUCUUUACCCAGCUCUCCGCCUUGCACCUGUUCGAGUCGCCCUCGCGACCGCCGUUCGCCUCGGGCCAAGACGGUCCCCGGAGGAAGAAAGUUUUGCUGCCGCCUGAGGAGAUUCCCGCGCGUGCGCUCCCGCUCUUUCUUCAAGCUCACAGGGAGCAGCCGAAGUGCCCCCACAGGCAGACUCUUGGGGGCUCCCUCCUCCUCCUCCUUACCUUUGAUCGUCGUAGUGCACUCUUCUACCAUUUCUUACGCCUCAGCACCUCGUCUUCUCUCCCGGGCUCCUUCGUCUGUGUUUCGCUUCGCCCCUCCGCUCGGCAGACGCCCGGCUCCUUUGCUCUAUGUUUUGACAUUGUGGAGCCUGGUGGCCCCUAGCAAACUGCGUGAAUGUAUAGCAUGAUGAUGGAGGCGGACAUGCACUCGCCCGGUGGAGCCCAGGUCACCACCAACCUUUCGGGCCAAACCGGUGCGGGAGGAGGAGGCGGCGGAGGUGGCGGCGGCGGGGGGCCCAAGGCCAACCAAGACCGAGUCAAGAGGCCCAUGAACGCCUUCAUGGUUUGGUCGCGGGGCCAGCGGCGGAAGAUGGCCCAAGAGAACCCUAAGAUGCACAACUCCGAGAUCUCCAAGCGCCUGGGCGCUGAGUGGAAAGUCAUGUCCGAAGCGGAGAAGAGACCCUUCAUCGACGAGGCCAAGCGCCUGCGGGCGCUGCACAUGAAGGAGCACCCGGAUUAUAAAUACCGGCCGAGGAGAAAGACCAAGACUUUGCUAAAGAAAGACAAAUAUUCGCUGGCCGGCGGGCUGCUAGGCGCCGGUGGUCCCGGGGGCGGCCCUCCGGUAGCUAUGGGCGUAGGAGUGAGCCCCGCCGGCGUCCAACGCUUGGAGAGUCCCGGUGGAGGUGGCCCCGGGGGUGGCGGGAGCGCCGGCGGAGGUGGCGGAGGCUCAGGCGGUGGCUAUCCGCACAUGAACGGCUGGGCUAACGGCGCGUACCCGGGCUCGGUGGCGGCGGCGGCGGCGGCGAUGAUGCAAGAGGCACAGCUCGCUUACAGCCAUCACCCAGGCAGUGGUGGCCACCCGCACGCCCACGCUCAUCACCCGCACCCGCACAAUCCCCAGCCGAUGCACCGCUACGAUAUGGGCGCCCUCCAGUACAGCCCCAUCUCCAACUCGCAGGGCUACAUGAGCGCCUCGCCGUCGGCCUACGGCGGCAUCUCCUACGGCGCCCAGCCACAUCAGAACUCGGCUGCUGCGGCCGCUGCGGCUGCCGCAGCUGCGGCUGCCGCCUCGUCAGGAGCUCUUGGCGCGCUGGGGUCCUUGGUCAAAUCCGAGCCUAGCGUCAGCCCACCCGUCACCUCAGCGCACUCACGGGCCCCUUGUCCCGGGGACCUGCGCGAAAUGAUCAGUAUGUACUUGCCCGGCAGCGAAGGCGGGGACCCAGCAGCUGCCGCCGCCGCCGCUGCAGCCGCGGCCGCUGCCCAAAGCCGGCUCCACUCAUUACCCCAGCACUAUCAGGGCACCGGCACGGGGGUGAACGGCACCGUGCCCUUGACGCACAUCUGAGA